AAUCGUAAAGCCGUUGGCAGCAAGUGGGUAUUUCGAGUUAAAACAGAUGCGGACGGAACAGUUGAAACACACAAGGCCCGGCUCGUAGCUCAAGGUUUCAGUCAAACAUUUGGUGACGACUAUGAUGAAACAUUUUCACCUGUAGCUAGGUUUGAAUCAGUUCGAACAGUUAUUGCGUUAGCUGCACAGCAUGGUUUAAAGCUUCAUCAAAUGGACGUCACAACAGCAUUUCUGAAUGGAGAUCUCAAAGAAGAAGUCUACAUGAAACAACCGGAAGGUUUCAUUGAGAAGGGAAAAGAACAGCUGGUCUGCAGGUUACGUCGAAGUAUAUAUGACCUUAAACAGUCUCCAUGUUGUUGGAACUCUGUUCUCGACAGAAAAUUGAAGAAUAUGGGCUUUGUACAAACCACCGAUGAUCCAUGUAUCUAUAUAAAGGAAGAAGGUGGAGAGAUAUUCAUUAUUGCUAUGUAUGUUGAUGAUAUUCUCCUGGCCGGAAAGAAUGGUCAGAAAAUCAAUGAAGUGAAGCAAGCACUCGCUGAGCAAUUUCAAAUGAAAGAUAUGGGUCAACUACACUACUUCCUGGGUGUGAAAGUUAUCCAGAAACCAGAUUCAAAAGAAAUUUGGAUUGGCCAAGAAGCGUACACGAAGAGUGUGUUGGAAAGAUUUGGCAUGGAAAGUUCGAAACCAGCACGCACACCUGUUAACCCUGGGACAAAACUGAAGAAGGCAGCAGACGAAAGUCAACGAGUGGACCAAGUUAACUACCAGUGUGCCGUUGGACAUCUACUUUAUCUGUCCUGGAGCUGGGCUGGAGAUCUUGAUGACAGAAAAUCAACUUCGGGAUAUGUCUUCCAGAUAAGCAACGCAGCUAUCAGUUGGCGAAGCAAAAAACAGUCAUGUGUGGCUCUCUCGAAUGCUGAACCAGAAUACAUGGCAUUGCAAGUGCAACCCAAGAAGCAGUUUGGCUACAACAACUUCUAA